CAAACAUGAUCCGUACCCUGUCAUCUUUACAUAGCAGAGCACGCCAAUUCAGCCAUUCAUUAUUCAAUUUCACCAACAAUUCUCAGUUAAAAUCCAAAUCAAGAUGGAAUCCUUGUCUCGUUUCUUCCCCAAAAAUCAUCUACAAACCCUAAAGCCCAACUUGGAUUCUCCGCCUAUGGCCGAUACGAAUGGAGGAGAAAUACAUGAAGAUAAUGAAGAAGAAACUACUAGCAACGAGGAAACGGCGUCGUCUAGUGAGAGAACAACAACUGAAGAUGCUGAUACUUCGUUAUCGCCUCCCGAAACGGCACCGUCUAGUACAAGCCUUGUGGUUGCAGAGAGAAAGGGGUCAAAUAUGGAGACUCCACCAACGGACGAUGUCUGCCCUAUCUGUUUCGGGAACUUUAAUGUUCCCUGCCGUGCUCCUUGUGGCCAUUGGUACUGUGGAGGUUGUAUUUUGCAGUAUUGGAACUUCAGUGCUGCAUUGCGGCCUUGCAAGUGUCCAAUGUGCUCUCAGCACAUAACUAAAUUGACACCUGAAGCAUCCUUGUACUGUCAGCACGAAACCGAAGUUUCUCAAGUUUUAAAGAAUGUUAAUAAUUACAACCGUCUGUUUGUGGGAGGCGUUUCUGGAUUACUGCUGAAAAUGCUUGCCAUUCCAUUAUACUUCAAGAGACUGUUUCGUGACAUGUUGAAUCCCGAGAGACCUCGCCUCUUCGAAUUGCGAAUGAUUGCACGGGAUGUAGCACAAUUAAGAAUAAUGAAAUGCCGUGUGAAGUUGUUUCUGGGAAUCCUUUAUUCUUUCAGUCCCUUCGAUUUCCUCCGAAUAGGUCGUUGGAAUGUCAUAGAUGUGUUUGAUUACUCUGCCGUUGCUCUCUCAUUCAUCUUUUAUCUUAUUGGGCUCGUCGUCCAAAGAAGGCGCUUACGAAAUGUUAGAGAAUUGGCUGAAAUUGAAGCAGGGCUAUGAAUUAACCACGUUAUGUUCAGUUUUGUGACACUCAAUGCUGUCGUCAAUUCUUCGAGAGCAUGGUGACAAAAUGAAUGUGCAGGUUUUUUUUUUUUUUUUUUUUUUUUUUUUUUGUGG